AUGAUAAGUGGAUUUAUGGAAAAAGUUGAAAAAGAAUUUCAAACAGAACUAGUUCUUAUUAAAAGUGAAAUAUUCGAUGAGAAUGAUGUAGUGGAAGGUGGGCAAAUUAAAAAAGAAGAAGGCAGCAAUGAUAGUGAAAGUGAGGAUGUUGUAACUGUAAAACAAGAACCUGUUAGUGAUGAAAAUGAUAAAAAUUUGUUCUCAAUUAAUUAUGAACAUAUUAAACUUGAACAAGAAUUACGUGCUGAACUGAUUAUUAAAAGUGAUAUAUUGGAUGAAAGUGAUUUAGAACCCCAACAACAAAAUCAUAAUAAAAUAAAACCAUUUUCAUGUGAUCUUUUUAAACAUAAACGGAUACACACGGGGGAAAAACCAUUUGCUUGUGAUUUUUGUAAUAAAACAUUUAAUCAACAAAGUAAUUUAAAUCAACACAAACGAAUUCACACCGGGGAAAUUCAAUUUUCAUGCGAUGUUUGUAAUAAAACAUUUAAUCAACAAAGUAAUUUAACUCAACAUAAACGAAUUCACAGCGAAAAAAUUGAUUUAAAAGAAGUUAUUGGCAAGUCUUAA